UACACCCGAGACAGGUGUGGCGGGUAGGAGCCUCCAUUAGUCCAUUGGCGGGCAUGGAGGUAGCCGACGUCACGGCGGAGGAGAUCGAAGCCACUGGGGUUCCUCCGGUCGUGGCGCAGAGGCUCCAUGCCGCCCUACGGCGGAUUCUCUCGGAGCGAGGGACCUCCGGUCCGGAGGCUUGGGACGCCAUCUCGAAGCAACUGUUAAGCCCUAGACUCCCUUUCCCCCUUCAUCAGAUGUUGUACUACGGGUGCUACAGGGGAUUUCGUCCCGACCCCCCUCCAGCUUGGCUUCCCGACAAAGAGAACGCUGCCGCCACAAAUAUAGGCAGGGUUUUGCAGAAGCGUGGGAAAGAGUUACUUGGAGACAAAUACAAAGAUCCAGCAUCAAGCUUUCCUGAUUUGCAGGCAUUUUCAGUGGCUAACCCAGAGGCUUACUGGAAGAUGGUUUUUGAAGAGAUGGAUAUUUCAUUUCCGGUGCCUCCAUCUUGCAUUCUACGCUGUACUAAUUUAUAUCCUGGAGGGCAAUGGUUGCCAGGGGCUUAUUUAAACUCUGCCAGUUUAUGCUUGAGUUUGAAUGGUAAUAGAAACCUUGAUGAUGUUGCAAUUAUAUGGAGAGAUGAAGGAUAUGAUGCUUUACCUGUAAAUACCAUGACAUUCAAGGAACUACGGACUAAAGUCUGGUUGGUUUCUAAUGCACUUGAUACACUGGGUUUACCCAAAGGAUCUGCUGUUGCAAUAGACAUGCCAAUGACUGUGACUUCUAUUGUCAUCUACCUAGCUAUUGUAUUAGCAGGUUAUGUGGUGGUGUCUAUAGCGGAUAGCUUUGUCCCCAAGGAAAUAGUGACAAGGCUCAACAUAGCAAAUGCAAAAGCAAUUUUCACCCAGGAUUAUAUCCUUCGAGGUGAAAAGAAACUACCUCUGUACAGUAAAGUUGUGGAAGCUCAUGCUCCUUUAGCAAUCGUCGUUUCAGCAAGAGUUUCUACCACAAUAACAGGAUUACGCGCAGAUGAUAUUUCUUGGCAUAAUUUUUUGGAAAGAGUAAAACAUACCAAAGACAUUCCUUAUGAACCAGUGGAUAAACCUAUUGAGGCCUUUAUGAACGUCCUCUUCUCUUCUGGAACUACAGGGGAGCCAAAGGCAAUUCCAUGGACACAUGCAACCCCUCUAAAGGCUGCUUCUGAUGCAUGGUCAAUUUUGGACAUACGUAAAGGUGAUGUUGUUGCAUGGCCUACUAAUCUUGGUUGGAUGAUGGGUCCAUGGCUUGUUUAUGCCUCUUUAAUAAAUGGAGCUUCUAUGGCUUUAUACCAUGGCAUUCCUCUUGGAUCUGGAUUCACAAAAUUUGUACAGGAUGCCAAGGUAACAAUGCUUGGUGUUGUUCCAAGUAUUGUGCGCGCAUGGAAAGAUAAAAAUUGCACCACCGGCCUUGACUGGUCAAGCAUUCGUUGCUUUAGCUCGACUGGUGAGGCAUCUAGUGUGGAUGACUACCUUUGGCUUAUGGGCAGAGCUCACUACAAGCCAGUUAUUGAAUGUUGUGGUGGCACAGAGAUCGGAAGUGCAUUUGUUUCAGGGACCCUAUUGCAGCCGCAAGCAUUAGCUGCAUUUAGUACAUCAGCUCCAGGAUGCAAAAUCUAUAUCCUUGAUGGCGACGGGAAUCCACUUCCGGACAAUGUAGCUGGGAUAGGCGAGGUCGCCCUUGAUCCAACAAUGUUUGGGGCAUCAACUACUUUACUGAAUGCUGAUCAUUAUGAUGUCUACUUUAAGGGCAUGCCAAUUUACAAUGGAAAACAACUUCGAAGACAUGGGGAUAUAUUUAUGCAUACUCCUGGAGGAUACUAUCGGCCAUAUGGCCGUGCAGAUGAUGUGAUGAACCUAGGCGGUAUCAAGGUGAGUUCUGUCGAGAUUGAACAGGUAUGUAACAGUGUCAACGACACCAUCCUCGAGACUGCUGCAAUCGGUGUUCCACCGUCUUCUGGUGGGCCUGAGCAAUUAUUCAUGGCUGUUGUCUUUAAAGAUCAAUAUCAGUUGGAAGAAGAAGAUCUGGACAAGUUGAAGCUGGCCUUCAACUCCGCACUGCAAAAGAAACUGAAUCCUUUAUUUAAGGUUUCAUUCAUCGUGCCGAUGGCUUCUCUGCCACGAACUGCUUCGAACAAGGUUAUGCGAAGAAUUCUGCGAGAGCAGUUGUCGCAACAAUCCAAGAUCUGAUGUGCUUUGGUGGUCUCUUAUAAAGAUGUAAUUUCAUCCUCAUAAAUGCCUUGGUUCGCAUUAGACUUGAGAACUUUUUUCUUUUUGAAGGAUUUGUCACAUAAUCCUUAUAAAUAAAUGUCUUCCUUCAGGAUCACCUGAACUUUACUUUUGACAAACAAUGGAAAGUCUUGUGGAUGAUUAUUUACCUCUCA